AUGUACUCACAUGGCCGGCAGUUACUGGGUGAGCAUCUCAAAGAAGCAGAUCCCGAAAUCUAUGAGAUCUUGCAGCGCGAGAUCCGCCGGCAGAGACAUUUCAUCAAUCUCAUCCCUUCCGAAAACUUCACCUCUCAAGCCGUCUUGGAUGCCUUGGGCAGUGUAAUGCAAAACAAGUACUCAGAAGGAUAUCCUGGGGCACGAUACUAUGGAGGCAACGAACAUAUCGACGAGUCCGAGAGACUGUGCCAAAAGCGCGCUCUGGAGACAUAUCACCUGAAUCCAGAAGAAUGGGGCGUCAAUGUCCAACCCUUGUCCGGCUCUCCCGCAAACCUUUAUGCCUACUCGGCCCUCCUCAGCACGCACGAGCGCAUGAUGGGCCUCGACCUCCCCCAUGGAGGCCACUUAUCCCACGGCUAUCAGACUCCCACCAAGAAGAUCUCCAUGAUCUCCAAGUAUUUCGAGACUCUGCCGUAUCGCCUUGACGAGUCAACAGGCUUGAUCGACUACGACAAGAUGCACGAGUACGCUCUUUUGUAUCGACCCAAAGUCAUCGUUGCCGGAACCUCUGCAUACAGCCGACUGAUUGACUACGGACGCAUGCGGGCCAUCGCCGACGAGGUGGGUGCCUACCUGCUGUCUGAUAUGGCACAUAUCUCUGGUCUGGUCGCCGCGGACGUGAUCCCCAGCCCUUUCCAAUUCUCGGACGUGGUGACAACUACGACACACAAAUCUCUCCGUGGGCCCCGAGGAGCUAUGAUCUUCUUUCGUAAAGGCAUCCGGCGAACAAACAAAAAGGGCGAGAAGGAAAUGUACGACCUCGAGGGUCCCAUCAACGCAUCCGUCUUCCCGGGCCACCAGGGCGGGCCGCACAACCACACCAUCACCGCCCUCGCGGUUGCAUUAAAACAAGCCCAAACGAAAGAAUUCAGGGAGUACCAGAAGACCGUCCUGGCGAAUGCAAAGGCCCUUGCCGAACGACUCGGCAAUUCCGCAUACACCGGUGGCCUGGGCUACAACAUCGUCAGCGGCGGGACAGACAACCACUUGGUCCUGGUUGACUUGAAGUCAAAGGGAAUUGACGGCGCUCGCGUCGAGCGUGUGCUCGAGCUGUGCGGCGUCGCCGCGAACAAGAACACCGUUCCGGGGGAUAAAUCUGCGCUGAGACCUGGCGGGUUGAGAAUGGGAUCGCCCGCGAUGACCACACGAGGUUUCCAACCGAGCGACUUCACUCGCGUCGCAGAGAUCGUGGACCGCGCCGUGUCGAUUGCGAUCAAGGUGGAUAAGAGUGCCCGGUCAGAUGCAGAAGCGAAGGGGAAGAAGAAUCCAGGAGCAGUCAAGAGCUUCCUAGAUUAUUUAAAGGAUGGGACCGAAGUGCCCGAAAUUCUCACGCUGAGGCGGGAGGUUGAGGACUGGGUUGGGACAUUUGCAGAGCCAUGGGUCAAGGACAAGGACAUGACGGCUAGUUAA